UCCUUUUUUCUCACUAGAAGGCAGCACUGUGAUUUUAACACAGGUAUCUUACGGCUUUUAUUGUAACAGCCGCGUCAAAGAAUGCCCGUCGAUAGCGCGUCACCGCGUCAAACAUGUCUGUCGGUGUCUGCAGGUCUCUGCCAUGAGCGUCUGACGCGCUCAGGAAGCGUUUCACCACAGCGUUCCGCGACGCGCUCAAUGCGACUGCGGAUAUUAGACACUAUUUCGGGCGCCAUAGAGGAAUGAGUAUCCACAAUCCAGUGGUUAAUAUUAAAUAAAGGCCUAGUUAUCGACUGCUGGAGCCUGGUUUGAAGCGUCGCUGUGGUCCGGGUGAGUCAGAGGAAACGACUGACUGACUGAAAGUGCUGAAAAUGGUGCACGAUGAUUUGUGAUGGACAGGAUGAAGAGGACAGUGCUCUCUCUCACCUCUGUGUUUAUGAGCAGUCAGCACAGUGACUCCCACACAUGCCAUAGAUGUCCUUCCCUUAGCUCACUGAGCUAACUUUAUUGCUCCUCAUCACCCCUGUUAUCCUUCCACUCUUUCCUCUCUCAUGCCUCUUGCUUUACUCUGUCUCUCUUCUCUUAUCUGUCCCUUGUUCAUCUCCUUUAAUUUUCCUCUGCCACUCCUGCUCUUUGUUGGAUGUCAUAAUGGUGUGCUGCGGUCGAGUGCUGGACUCCCCUUGCACUCUGGCUCUGUUGGUGGGCUUCCAGUUUGCGUUUGUCCUCUACUUCUCCCUGGGAGGCUUUCGUGGCCUUGUGUCUGUAUUGGUUCAUUCCACUGAGCCUGAGAUCGACUACUCUCGACCGCAUGACGUCUACACUAACCUCACAUCUCUGCUGCUCCAUCAUCCAGGACCCAGUGGACCAGAACAGCAGCUCAGGGACUGUGUUCUGCCCUCUCCACUGCUGGUGGGUCCUGUUUCUGUCCACCUCGCCUCACCCCCUUCCCUGGAGAAGAUAAAAGAGAAGAACCCCUUGGUGACCUUAGGGGGUCAUUACCGCCCGCCAGACUGUGAGCCACAGCACCACACAGCUAUCGUGGUCCCCUACCGGAAUCGGCAGACCCACCUCCGCACCCUCCUCUACCAUCUGCACCCCUUUUUGCAGCGGCAGCAGGUCCACUACGGCAUUUACAUUGUGCACCAGUCAGGGAACUCCACCUUUAACCGAGCGAAGUUGCUGAAUGUCGGAGUGCGGGAGGCGCUGAAAGAGGAGAACUGGAGCUGUAUUUUCCUGCAUGACGUCGACCUGCUACCUGAGAAUGACCACAAUACCUACACCUGCCACCCCCAGCACCCUACACACCUCUCCGUAGCUAUGGACAAGUUCAGAUACAGGCUUCCAUACUCACAAUACUUCGGAGGGGUGUCUGCUGUAACCCCAGAGCAGUACCUCAAGAUGAACGGCUUUCCGAACCAGUAUUGGGGCUGGGGAGGAGAGGACGAUGACAUCGCAGCUCGAGUCCGUCUCUCUGGGAUGAAGAUAAUGCGCCCGCCUUUGGCCAUUGGUCAUUAUAAGAUGAUCAAACAUAAAGGAGAUCAGGGUAAUGAGCAGAACCCAAGAAGGUUUGACUUGCUGAAGCGCACAAGGCUGAACUGGCGCUCAGAUGGACUGAAUUCACUGACUUAUGAGCUCCUGUCCAAAGAGUUGGAGCCAUUGUACACUAAUUUGUCUGUCAACAUUGGGGAUGUUCCACACCAUUCCCCUCUGAAGGCUCCACCUCGGAAGUUAGAGCCUCAACCCGUUCCAACUAAUAAAACAAAGACUGAAAAAGUGGGUGUGAUCAUUAAUCAUAAUGCUACAAAAGUGGAGCCUACCCACUUGAAGGCCAGUAAUGAAAGUUCAAAUGUUGGUCAAAAAGCUCCUUUGAAAAAGGAGGUGGGAUGAUACUGAUAAUCGAGUAUCCACAGACAAUCCACAGGGUGAGUUAUUAAUGGAUAGUGGAGGAAAUACCAGUUUGCUCUUUGUUUUAUAUCGUAAAGCAUUGCUACUCAAGGCAAAUAAGUUCAUUCCACUGAAAGUUGACUGAAUCUGUCUGGCCGCCUCUGAAUGUUUAUCAGCUGCUGAUAUGGUGACAUUUGCACAAGUCUGGAAUCAUAUGCUGAAGAUCUCGUUUUGCUGUAGGAGUCGUAUCAGAGUGGGCCGAGUUGCAAACCCUCUCGAAAGUGACCAGUCUAUGUACCCAUGCAAGUCCUGUGUGUUUUUGAGCCGAUGUGCUGCCAGCUGCUGCUCUUCACCCCACUGUGUGUGUGGGUCUGUUUUUCUGUGCCUUUUCUUGCCCUUGAACCAGUCUCUUAUCAAGAUGCCAUGACUCAAUCAAAAACAUUAUUACUGCACACCACUGUUAUUAAUACUACAGUUGAAUGCUCAUUCCACAUUUAUCAGUUUUUCUCUUCUUUUAAUAUCUAAUCAGCACACACUGCUUUGUGAUCUAGUGCUUGAGCAGACGUGCCACUGUGGUCUAUUUUUGGUCUUACUGUACAAACUUAGAAAGGUGUGAUCUUUGAUAGUGAGCACUGGUUUAUUUUCUCUUUUAGCAGCUCAAGAUACCUAUUAAUAGUUUUAUGAUACUGUGUAAAAGAGUUUAAUUAUUUUAGGUAUUGUGUGGUGCCUUUGUUGGAUUCCAUUUUGGUUGUAGACAAUCAUUGGGAUAAGCAUGUAAAAUUACAAAAAUAUUUAUAACAUUUUCCCACUUCUAUUUUUCUGUUAAAUGAAAUACGUUUGAUGGUUUAGGUUAAAGUGUGACUUUAGUCUAAGACGUUAGUUGAUAUUUUAAGAUUUAAUAAACAUUAAACAGGUAAUGGGAACUUUUAAUGUUUCGUUAUAUAGAAAGAAUACAUUUUAUUUGUUAGUCAAAAAUAUUGGUUGUAUCAGCGUCAUGGCACUUUUACAGUAUGUAAAAAAACUGCACUCUGCAUUAAACACAAUCCUAGAGUAUAAGCUACAUUUGGAGAACAAAUAUAUCAGCGAUAGACAUUUAUCUUUUAAAAUAAAAACUGCAUUGCACAUUAUAUUAGCAGGUCCACUUACAUUUUUCACUCUCCCACAAUGCAAACUACAAACCAUUAAGUAAAAGAUCAUAUAAUUUGCUGUAAAUGGUAGUCUGAAGGUGCUCAUUGAGAAUUCACCCCAUCGUGUGACAUGGUGCAUAUCUCACUGAAUGUACAAAUUAUUUCAAAUUUCAUUUCAAAGAGGCUGUUUAAAUUAUGUAUUCUGGUUUUGAUACGCAAUUCUUAGUGUGACAGCCUAAGAAAAAAAAACAUGGUGUUUUACUUCAUGCCUUUGUAUUAAAACUACAAAAAGUGUAUUUGCAAGACCCUUGUAUAAUAUAUAUAUAUACAGGUGCAUCUCAAUAAAUUAGAACGU